AUGGGCCGAAAAGACAACAAGAAACGACCAAAGUCUUCAGCCGCGGAGCAGGACUUUUGGGGGGAGCUUGAGCAGAGGGUGGGCAAUUAUCAGAACAAGAUCAAAGAAUCGCUCAAAGAAACGCUCAAGCCUGUCGUGGCUGAUGAGUGGACGCCGCCAAAGGCCACUGAAGGUCAAGAUCGGGAACCAAGACGGAAGUCGAGAUUUGAGGAUGAUGCUCCCGCUCGGCGUCGUGGUAAAAAGGCCAGGGGUCGCGGUUCAGGUGGCCGGCGUCAAGACGAUGAUGAUGAAGACUGGGAUGAUGGAGCGCAAGAACGAUGGGAGCAACGGCAGGAAGAAAAACAACGGCGCAAGGAAGAACAAAAAUUGAUGGCGCAGGAGGCGCAGGAGGCGAUUCCCGUCUUCCUCCCAGAGUUUAUCAACGUCUCUGGCUUGGCUCAGACACUGCAGCAACGGCCCGCAAACUUUCUCAACGACUUGGCGGAGAUGGGUUUUGAAGACAUGGCGGUUGAUACGAUCCUGACUGGAGAAACUGCAGCUUUGAUUUCGAUGGAGUAUGGAUUUGAACCGACUGUUGAUGAUGGCGCGACUCGAGAUCUUCGCCCACAGCCGACGCCAAGUGACCCAUCUACGCUUCCUUCCAGGCCACCUAUUGUCACGAUCAUGGGACACGUUGAUCACGGUAAAACGACACUAUUGGACUGGCUAAGAAAGUCAUCCGUGGUGGCCCAGGAACACGGUGGCAUCACCCAACACAUUGGCGCAUUUAUUGUGAAUAUGCCAUCUGGGAAAUCCAUCACCUUCCUGGAUACCCCAGGACACGCCGCCUUUCUGACCAUGCGGCAGCGUGGAGCCAAUGUCACCGACAUUGUCGUGUUAGUGGUCGCGGCUGACGAUAGUGUGAAGCCUCAAACAAUAGAAGCUCUGAAACACGCACAGGCAGCCAAGGUGCCGAUCAUUGUCGCCAUCAACAAGAUUGACAAGGAAGAUGCUCGUGUCGAACAAGUUAAGGCUGACUUGUCCCGGCACGGUGUCGAAAUUGAAGACUUUGGUGGUGAUGUGCAAGUUGUUCCUGUCAGUGGCAAAACCGGCCAAGGCAUGGAGGACCUUGAGGAGAACAUUGUCACCCUCUCUGAGAUUUUGGAUGUACGGGCUGAAACCGACGGCAUGGCAGAAGGCUGGGUUCUUGAAUCGAGUAUAAAGCCUUAUGGCAGAGCGGCUACUGUUCUCGUGAAAAGAGGCACCCUUCGACAGGGAGACCUGAUUGUUGCCGGCAGGACUUGGGCUAGAAUCCGCUGGCUUCGAAACGAAGCUGGUGUUGAAGUGAGCGAGGCUCCUCCUGGAACACCGGUGGAGAUCCUUGGGUGGCGUGAACUGCCCGACGCAGGCGAGCAGGUUCUUCAAGCACCUGACGAAGAUAGAGCCAAGGUCGCCGUCGAUUACCGCCAAGAAAUGGCAGACAGACAGCAAAGCUCAAUCUAUAUUGCAGAGCAGCAGCGACGUCAACGAGAAAAGGAGGCGGCAGAGGCAGCCGCCGAACUAGCAGCCAGUGAAGAUUCGGAGCUUGAUAAGAAACCAGCCCAGCCAGGAAUAACGACCCAGAACUUCAUCGUCAAGGCUGAUGUUGCAGGUUCUGUUGAAGCCGUCUGUGGAAGUAUCGCGGGGUUGGGAAGUCACGAGGUUCAGUCAACUGUGCUGCAGUCGGGCGCAGGCCUGAUAACCGAAAGUGAUGUCGAGCGCGCUGGCCUCUCCAAAGCAAUCAUUGUGAACUUUAAUCUGCCGAUACAGCCACACAUCCAGCAACUGGCAGAAGCGGCUGGUGUCAAAAUACUCGACCAUCGUGUCAUAUAUCACGUCGUUGACGAGGUGAAAGAUUGCCUAUCAGAUCUCCUCCCUCCCAACAUCAUCCAUCGCGUCCAAGGCGAGGCCGAUAUUCUACAGAUCUUCUCUAUCAAUGUCAAGAAGAGAAUUCAAAAGAACAUUGCAGGAUGUAGAGUCAGGAACGGCGCCAUCAAAAAGACAUCGGGUGUCAAGGUGUUCCGGAAAGGAAAAUUAGUUUAUGAGGGCACGAUUGACACCUUGAAACACGUCAAGAAAGACGUCAUGGAGAUGGGCAAGGGCUCAGAGUGUGGAAUCGGCUUGGAUGGUUUCGAGGAUUUCCAAAUCGAUGACCAGAUCCAAACAUUCGAAGUCAUCAAGGAGAAACGAAAACUGUAA